CAAAAUGAGUGGAUGCGUUCCGGCAUCCUGCUGAGACUCCAUACACGGAGAGGAAGAGGAAGGUGGCCAGGGCCGGGACGCCCCGGCAGGGGGAUGGGGCGGAAAGGGGAGAAAGCCACGAGAAACCGAGGGCUGUUAGCUCCUGGAGCCUGUCGCCGAGACGCGUUCUCGGCGCCCGCUGCGCGGUCGGGGCGGCUCGUUAAGCCACACGUGGCGGCCCCGAGGGGCUCGUGCACCUGCCCAGAUGUGAAUUAUUAAAAAGAAAAUGGCCCAACGGAGCACUGUACUUCCUUCUCUUGUCACCGAGGAAAGGUAUAAUAUAUGGAAAAUAUGCAUCUAAGGCGAGUUAGAACCAUGCCCCGACACAGCCAGUCCCUGACCAUGGCACCCUACUCGUCCGUGAGCCUCGUGGAGCAGCUGGAAGACAGGAUCCUGUGCCAUGAGAAGACCACGGCCGCGCUGGUCGAGCACGCCUUCCGGAUCAAGGACGACAUCGUCAGCAGCUUGCAGAAGAUGCAGAACAAGGGCGGAGGCGACCGCCUGGCCCGGCUCUUCCUGGAGGAGCACAUCAGGAACAUAACUGCCAUCGUGAAGCAGCUGAACCGGGAUAUCGAGGUGCUCCAGGAGCAGAUCCGAGCCAGGGACAACAUUAGCUACGGAACGAAUUCUGCCUUAAAGACCUUGGAGAUGCGGCAGCUCUCGGGCUUGGGAGACCUUCGGGGCAGAGUGGCAAGAUGUGACGCCAGCAUAGCCCGACUCUCUGCAGAGCACAAAUCAACCUAUGAGGGGCUCCAGCACUUGAACAAAGAGCAGCAAGCUGCCAAACUCAUCUUGGAGACGAAGAUCAAAGAUGCAGAGGGACAGAUUUCUCAGCUUUUGAACAGAGUUGACUUGUCAAUAUCAGAGCAAAGCACUAAACUGAAGAUGUCCCACAGAGACAGUAACCACCAGCUGCAGCUUUUGGAUACUAAAUUUAAAGGUACAGUUGAAGAACUCAGUAAUCAGAUUUUAUCUGCACGGAGUUGGUUGCAACAGGAACAAGAACGGAUAGAAAAAGAGCUUUUACAGAAAAUUGACCAGCUUUCCUUGGUCAUUAAAGAAAACAGUGGAGCCAGUGACAAGGACAUGGAGAAGAAACUCAGCCAGAUGUCGGCGCGCCUGGACAGAAUAGAAGAGAGUCAGAAGAAUGACACGGACGGGCAGAGGGCAAAGCAGGAGCAGGAGAGGGUGCAUGGGCGCAUCAGCAAGCUGGAGCUGCAGAUGAGUGAGGACAUGAAGGAGAUGAAGGCGGAAGUGAAUGCUGGGUUUACAGCCAUCUAUGAAAGCAUAGGAUCCCUCAGGCAAGUUCUCGAGGCCAAGAUGAAGCUGGACAAGGACCAGCUCCAGAAGCAAAUCCAACAGAUGCAGAAGCCGGACGCUCCCAUGUGAAGGAGCUGGGAGAAGGACCUAGAAGGAGGUCUUGCCAGGGGGGCUAGGAGCUAGAUACCUCUGUAGCCAGGCUGUCGCUGCAUUCAGGACUGUUCCAUCCAUGGCGUGCAUGUGCCAAGAAAUGUGUUCUCAUGGGUCUCAAUGUUGCCCUCUGGUCUCGAACGUGAUCUCUCUUGAAAAAUUCAGUAUGUUUUCUGCCACUUUAUUUCACUCCUCUCAAUUCACUGGAACCCCCUCCCCCAAUUCAACAAGGCUUUUGUCUCCUUCAUUUUAUGAAUGGGAAGACUUCACCCUUUUCUUCAAUGCUUGACUCUCCAGCCGAGACUAUUUACUAUUUUUUUAAAAUGUCAUGAUGAUGAUUUUUCUAAAACUAACAAACUAACGAGUUGUCACAGGAAUGUGCUGCUCUUUACCCUAAGUUAAGAGAAUGUCCCCAAUAGAUUAGAAUUCAACCUUUGAGUCCGUAUUUCAAUUUUACUAUUGAUGUCUGUGCAUUUCUUACAUUGAUUAUCUUCCUGUAAAUCUUUUUGUCUUUUGUAAGGGGAAAAAAAAAUCUAUCAUUUUCUUGGGGAAAAAUAUCAUUUAUAUAGUUAAAAUAGUUAAGAAAUUGAUAAUUGCCAUAAAGAUUGCAAAUUAAAUGGAAAUUUUAGACAGUUAUCUAGAUAAAGCAAGGCACAACAUCAUAGUAACCACCUCACUAUAUCAGGUUUUAAUAUUUAAAACUAUUUUUGAAUUAUCCACAGCCUAUAGUGAUAGCCAUAUAUUUAAUAAUGGGAUGGUGGUUAGCAGUCUGUUAAUUGCACAACUAAUUGUUCAUUAAUCAUAAUAGAAUGUAAGAACUUUUUGACUUUAAUAUCUCUCUAAAUGUUUCCCAAAUUGGCACAAAGUGCUAGGAUUUAUAUACACUUGUUGUAACUGUAUUCUUGUGCCUUGGUUUUAUCAUGUCAAUGCACUGUACCCUCUAGAAGUUUUGCAGACAAAAUAGAAGGCAUGAUAAUGCAUCAGAAUCAUGAUGUAAAAAUGGGAUCCUAUGUAUUUUUUAAAUGUUCUAAAAAUUUUAUCACUGCAAAGACACAAAUCAUUCAGUAUUAUUAAUGGAAUAGAAAUUCCUACUUUUGUAUGGGAUCAAGAAUCAAAUUGAUAUUGCGUUUCUAACACUGUCAAAUUUUCCUCUUGCACUGCUUUGUAGAUGACAGAUGUUUUAUUUUCAGUCGCUGUCUCUGCCUAGGCUUGAAAAUUGACAUCAGAUCUGUGUGUUCACCUGUGUUUGUCAAACCUGGUAUUGAGGCACACCGCACUGAACUGUGAGUGCCCACGGACAAAGAAUAGGCAUAUUUAAAAAGUUUUUAAAAGCCCUUUUUUUGUUUGUUUGCCAAGGACUCAGGAAAAUAAAAGCAUUUUCUAUUUUGAGGAUAAAUCAUAAAUAUCUAACUGGCGAUUACUGUUUACCCACACAAAAUAUGCCGCGAAAGUGCAUAAUAUUUUACUGUCCAUGACUUGACAAAUUUUCUCUUGGAAUUGGGAUCCACAAGGUUACAUAAGGAGUAUACUGUCCAACACAUGUUUCCUCAUUCCAUCACAGAGCUUUUCAUCUCUCUAUAGUAAGACUAUUUCCACUCACAAAGAGAAAAAGCUAACGCUCUUUGCUAUCGAAAGUGAGUUUCUUUGUGUGAUAGAGCAAACUGUGUUCCUGUCGUUCUCCAUGUCUAAGCACAAGCACAGUGCAGUGUGCCACGCCCUCUGGCACCUCUCCCUGUGGGGUCUGUGAGGAGGAAGGGUCAGCACACCUGGAACCUGGGGCGAGGGGGACAGGGGACAGGGCCCGGCACCUGCUGGUGACGCUCAGGUGUUGGGUGACUUUUUCAGGUGCUUUGAUGUUGCCAGGCCCCUGCCAUGAGCCACCACCAAGGGUCUCCACCUGGCUACUCGUUGGAUUCACCUCGGGGAGUUUGGAAAGCUAUUGAUGCUGAGCUGUGGGCAGACCAAUUCAGUCAGAACACCGGCGAGGCAGGGCCAGGGCCGCCAGGUGGGUCAGCCAGCAGCCCAGGUGGCGAGCCGCUCAGGAGGGGCUCCACCGCGCUGCAGCACAGAUCUCUUCUCACCAAAGCUUCAAUGAGAAUUAGCUUCCCUGUUCUUUCCUUUACCAGACAUUUGCAAUAAAAUAAAAAGAAUAAAAUUUCCAACUCAAUGUGGUGUAUGGUUUUUAAAUGAAAAAGUCGUUUAGUGUGAGGUGAAAAUGUAAUCAGGUAAAACCUCAUAGGAAACACUUCUCUUGGGCAUCUGUGGAAACCCUUUGGUGGUGAGAUGAUGCGUACUGAAGUCCCUUCAGGCGCUCUGGGGACUGGAGUCUCCCUGGGAGCUGCCCCACUAUGCAUUUCCGGGGUGGUGAGGCCAGUGGGCAGUUCCUGGGUAUGUGCUGUGUGCCUGUGCCCUGCUGUGCCCUGUUCCUUGUGUGUGUUAACUCAUUUCACUUUAAAAACAGCUUGUUAAGUACUGUUCAUUUCCCUCAUUUUAUAGAUGAGAAAAUGGAGUCCUAAAGAUUAGGUUGCUUGACCUGAAGGUUAAGCAGUUUGCCCCAAAUUCUACAGCAAAUACAUGGGAGCCAUGAUUCAAAACAGGUGGCCUGUGUCCACAGCCUGGGUGGUUACCCAGGGCACUGCACUGCGGCUGAAGACAUGUCAUUCUUCCCACAUAACUGACUUGCCUGGCCACCUGCUAGAGAGAGAGAGAGAGAGAGAGAGAGAAAAGAAUGAAUCUGCUUGUUCGUUCCCAAAAGGCCUAGGCAGUGUCCAAGGCUCUUAAGCCAUCAUCCGCUGCUUUCCCAGGCACAUUACCAGGGAGCUGGAUCUGAAAUGGAGCAGCUGGGACUCAAACUAAUAUUCUAGAUUUUGGAUGCUGGCGUUGCACACAAAGGCUUAACCGGCCAUACCACAAUGCCAGCACCUGCAUACCAUGGUCUUUUUUUUUUUUUUUUUUUAAUUUUAUUUAUGUCUUUGAAAGGCAGAGUUACAGAGAGACAGACAAUCUUCCACCUGUUGGUUCACUCCCCAAAUGGCCACAACAGCCAGGGCUGGGCCAGGCUGAAGCCAGGAACCUGGAGCUUCAUCCAAGUCUCCCACAUGAGUACAGGGGCCCAAACAUUUGGACCAUCCUCUGCUGCUUUCCCAGGCACAUUAGCAGGGAGCUGGAUCAGAAGUGGAGCAGCUGAGACUCAAACCAACGCCCAUAUAGCAUGCUGGCAUUGCAGGCAGCAGCUUAACCUGCUACACCACAGUGCUGGCCCCUCCUACCUUUGUCUUAAUUUCCCAGGUCUAAAUACCUAAAGAGGCAAUCUUCCUAGCUUCACUUGGGUCAGACACCUUCCUCUGGUUGUAUCUAAGGAGGCAGAAGAGGUAGGGUUAGUUGAUGCCAUAGUACUGUAGGGUCACAAAUAGCUUUUGUCUUUAGUGCUUAGGCUGUCCUAGGCUGUGGACUCUGGGUCUGUCUGUUGGGAGAUGGGUUGUAUUGGGUAGGUAGAGAGCAGAAUGGAAAAUAUAGUUUCAUCCAAAUUGUGAUAAUCCCACAAGGCUUUCAACAUAAAUCAGGGACCACUUAUGAUGCCCUGAAAACUCAAUAGGAGCUACAUAAUGUGUUUCUGUCACUGCCUACUUCCAGCUGUGUAACCUGGGAUGACUGAGUUUUCUCAUCCGCAGAAUGCAGAUUAUAUUUAUUUAAAAAUAUUUAUUUAUUUAAAAGUGUGAGGGAGAGAGAAGGAUCUUCCAUCCACUGGUUCACUCUCCAAGUGGCUGUAAGAGCCUGGGCUAGGGCCAGGUUGAAGCCAGGAGCCUGGAACUCCAUCUGGGGUAGCAGGGGCCCAUGUCCUUGGGCCAUCUGCUGCUGCUCUGCUAGGUACAUUAUCAGGGAGCUGGAUCAGAUGUGGAACAGCCAUGACUUGAUCCAGUGCCCAUAUGGGGUGCUGGCGUCACAGGCCACAGUUUAAUUGGCUGUGCCACAUCCCUGGCCCCAGAUUAUAGCAAUCCAAAAGGGCACUAAUGUUCAAACUAUUCCAGUAGUUAAUGCAGAAUUAGGCAUCGCGUGGUGAAUGCUGGGCUGUGGGAGGGGAGAGGUUGCUGGUGUGCCGCAGGAAGUGUAUGAAGUCCACCUUCAGACCCAGAGCAUUCUGUUGUCUGCUGGGAAGUAGGUCUAACCUCUGAACAAAGGGAUGCCCCAGCCAGAGCCACGGGCCAGCUGUCGAGCCUGGUUGAAUAGAAGCAGGAGCAGGACAGGGACCAUCGCUGAACAUGGGAAAGGACGAGGCAGGAGGCCCAGGCUCGUUAGCGCCAGAGCUGCAGCAGGCAGAGCAUCCCCAGGCCUGCGGGGGGCCUGGAGGGAGCUGAGUCUGCUGGAAGGGGCAGCCCUGAGAGGGCAGAGAGGGUGGGAGCAGAGCUAGAGAGAACACGAACUCCAGAGCUGCAGAGGCCGGGGGUGCAGAGCUCCAAGAAGAGCUGAGAAAUGACAGCCGGUGCAGGUUGUGCCAUGGCCCUCACGGCCAGCAGGUGCUUGAAGUGGAAUCUGGAGGGUCCUGUAUAGGCUGGGGGACUGCACAGGAGUGUGCCUUGUGGGCCCACGACCAUCAGCUCCCAGAGGAGGAAAAGCUGGCAGCUGCCUUCAGAGUCUCACUGAACACUUUUUUUUAAAAGUGGCAAUUUUUUUAAAAGAACCCUUCUUUUUAAAAAAAAAAAAAGUUCUUAUUUUCAUUUUCUUUCAAUGCCAUAGAGAGAGAGAGAGAGAGAGAGUUUCCAUCUGCUAGUUCACUCUCUAAAUGCUUCUAACAGCCAUGGGUGGGCCAGGCCAAAGCAAGACAUGUGGAGCACAAUCUGUUCUCCUGUUUGGGUGGCAGCAACACCAUUUGAGCCACUGUCUGCCACCUCCUCCCAGGGUGCGCGUUAGCAGGAAGCUAGUUGGAGGCAGAGCCAGGACUUGAACUCGGGCACUUGGAUGUGGGAUACAGGUGUAUUCAUCCCUGCACCAGAUUCCCACUCCCGAACAGUGGCAUUAACUGUAUGGAGUCCUACUUGUGAACAUGUACGAUCGAUUUCUCAUUCUGUUUUUAUGGUCCCAUUAAUCUCAAGAAAUUCAUUUUGUGAUGCACAAAAAUCCCAGAGUCCAAGGGUCUUUCCAGGUAUGCUUUUCGGUAGAUGCCUGCCCUGCAGACCCCCCUGGCUGGAUCCCUAAAAUGGCAGUCUCUGAAGUGACUCCCCGUGGUCCCCACCACCUGGCAGUCAUCCCCUCGUGGGACCCCCCCCCCACUUUGGGCAUGUGCUGGACUUGCCUCUCAUGAACACUGGCAGAAGCGUGGACUCAUCACUUCUGAGACUAGGUUAUAAGAAGACUGGCUGCCUUCUUGUUCUCUUUCUCCUCUCUUGCACUGGGGAAGCGAGCUGCCAUGUUGUAAGCAGCCUAUAGAGAGGCCAUAUGGCGUGGCAAAACACUGAGGCCCCCAGUUCAGUAGCUCAACGUGAACUGAGCCUUUUCCACAAUCAAGGGCAUGAGCUUGGAUGUGGACCCUCCUACCCACAAGACAUAAAGUGGGGACUCAAGCAGAUAUAUGUAUACACGUGCUCAUGGCAGCCCCAGCCGCAGUAGGCAAAGGUCCACCCACUGAUGAGUGGAGAAAAAAAGGUGGCACAUACGUCCGAAGGAUUACCAUUCAGCCUUCCAAAGGAAGGAAAUUCUGGCGCAUGCUGGAACGAGGAUGGGCCGUGAAGAGGGCGUGCUGAGUGAAGUCAGCCAGGGAGGAAAGGACAAAUUCUGUAGGACUCGAUUUAUAUGAGAUGCUUAGAACAGUCAGAUUUCUAGAGAGAGUGACAGAGAAACAUGUUCUAGAGUAGAACAUCAUACCCACUCUGCACCUACUUGAUAUCUCUGAAAUCUAGGGUUUCAAAGAUACCAAGUCUCUAGGGGCUGGGGUGAGGCCAACUGGGGAGCUGGUAUUUAGUGGAUCCAGAGUGUCACUUAGGAAAAAUGAAAGGGUUCUGGAGGGAUGGAGGUGAGAGUUGCCUAGCACUGUGAAUGUGCUGACGGCCACUUAAAAAUAGUGGAGAUGGCAGACUUGAUGGAUGCCUUACCCUCCGAACAGGAAGUGGCCCUCCCCGCCAUGGCUCCUGGUUGAAUCUUCUUCUUCUUUUUUUAUUUGACAGGCGGAGUUAGACAGUGAGAGAGACAGACAGAGAGAAAGGUCUUUCUUCUGUUGGUUCACUCCCCAAAUGGCCACCACGGCUGGCGCUGCACCGAUCCAAAGCCAGGAGCCGGGUACUUCCUCCUGGUCUCCCACUUGGGUACAGGGACCCAAGCACUUGGGCCAUCCUCCACUGCCUUCCCCAGUCACAGCAGAGAGCUGGACUGGAAGAGGAGCAACCGGGACUGGAACCCGGCGCCCAUAUGGGAUGCUGGUGCCGCAGGCAGAGGAUUAACCAAGUGAGCCACAGCACCGGCCCCUGGUUGAAUCUUCUGAUGAGGCUGCGGCCCCAGAAGCUUCAUUACUGCCUCCUGAGAGGCGCUGAGCCUGAGGCCUCCAGCGAAGCCGUGCCGAUUACUGACUCACAGAACUAAUGCCCAUUUGUUGCUUUAACUUGCUAGCUUUUAGGGUAAUAUGUUCUACACGGUGAUAGCUAACUGGCACUGGAGAACCCUGGCAGGUUAUGUUGCAAAGUGGUCAUUUGUGGGCAUGCCACAGGUGACAGGGUCACUAUAUAGAAUCUCCUUUCACAGGAGCAGGAAAUAGCCAUGAAGAAACAUACCAAAUGGCAUAAAUAUCACAUUUAAUAUCUGCAGUUACUCUAUUUGGUAUGUUAUGUAACACUUUUCCAUGUUGUGAAUAGAUCAGAGAGAACUUAAAGAACCAUUCAAGGCCAUCCCGUGAAUUCGUGGAGGAGCAGGGAUUGAAACCCAAUCUGUCUCCAAAGCUGGGGCUGCCAUCUUGCUUUGAGAUAAGAGAGCGAAUGCCCGAGACUUAAAGCGAUUGUCUGGGAUCCUGCAGCUCUUUGGAUUGCAAGGCUCUCUGGAUCCCUGCUUCUUCAAGUGCGGUCAGCACAGCAUGGGCUUCGCCCAGGGAACUUGUUAGAAACGCAGGUUCCCCGCCCCUCCUGCCUCCUGAAUCCCAAGCCCCGACGUUGGGCUCAGCAGUCUGUUGCAACAAGUCCUGCAGCUCGUUCUCGUGCAGGCUAAAACUGGGGCAUUGCUCAUCUGUGCUGCACCAUCUAAUGCAGUAGCCAAUGCGCACAUGUGGCCUUUUGUUUUUUCACAGGCCAGAGGUCUUUUAUUUAUCUGUUUUAGGUUUAUUUAUUAUAUUCUUAUGUAUCUGGAAGGCAGAGCAACACACACACACACACAUACGAGAGAGAGAGAGAGAGAGAGAGAGAGAGAGAGAGAGAGAGAGAUAGGGAAAGAGAAUGAAUUACCUUCUAACUGCUGGUUUGCUUUCCAAAUGCCCGUAACAGUGAGUGGUAGCCUAGGCUGAAACCAGGAGCCAGCUCUCCACAUAAAUUCUGAUCUAGCUUCCUACUAACGCACACCCUGGGAGGCAGCAGGUGGUGGCUUAAGCACUUGGGUCCCUGCCAGGCUUGUGGAGAGAGAGAGCAGGAGGGAGAGAGAGAGAGGGAGAGAGAGAGAGAGGGAGAGAAAUUACCUUCUAACUGCUUGCUUUCCAAAUGCCUACAAGAGUGAGAGCUAGACCAGGCUGAAAACGAGGAGCCAGGAACUCUAUCCAGCUCUCCACAUGGGUGGCAGGGACCCAAGUACUCAAGACACCACCUGCUGCUUCCCAGGGUGUGCACUGGUAGGAAGCUGGAUCCGAGUUGGAGGUAAGGCUCAAACCCAGGCUCUCUAAUAUGGGAUGCAGGUGUCCUAGGCGCAGCUGACCUCAUGCCCCACGAUGCCUGCUCCCUCUUUUGUUUAUUUUUGGACACCUAUUAUGCCAGAGUUCUUAGGGAAUAGUCUCCAGCAGCCUGGAUUCCUUCCCAUCAGCUCUCACGUAGCGCGCUUCUCGGGGCAGAGCAGGCCAGCGCUGCAGGUGGGUCCGGGUACCUUUCUCUUUGGCUGGCUUCUCUUUCUGAUCAUCUUCCUUCCCAUGCUUCGGGAAGCAGUUUUGGCUCUUAGGGUACUUAAUAGGCUGUACUCUCACAUCAGUUCUCUUGGCAGGGAUUUCCCCCUUCGUUUGUUUACAGCAAUGCCAACAGCAUGCUGGGCAGCACUGUCGACUCUUCCAGCUUUGCCAUGGUGACAUGCCUGGGGCAUUCCUUUUGGGAGAAUGCCGGUUCCCAUGAUGGGUCUGCAAGCAGACAGCCAAAUGAUCCCCUGUGUGUUUCUUAGAAGGCCAGAGAACACGCAUCAGCUCCCUCUACUUUUUCCUUUCUUGUUCCUCAUCUUGGCAAAAUACUGGAAGAUGGUAGUUCCAGCCCAAAGGAAACAUGGCUAUUAACAUUGAGAUAUAAAUGGAACAGAAGAAAUAAAUUUUAGGGAUAGGCAUUGUGGCAUAGCAUGUAAAGCCGCUGCCUGCAACUUCAACAUUCCAUAUGGGCGUGGGUUCGAGUCCUGGCUGCUCCACUUCUGAUCCAGCCCCCUGCUAAUGCUACUGGGAGAACAAUGGAAGAUGACCCAUGUGUUUGGGCUCCUGCCACCUACGUGGGAGACCUGGAUGAAGCUCCUGGCUUCUGGCCCAGUUCUGGCCAUUGCAGCCAUCUGGGGAGUGAGCCAGUGGAUGGAGAUUCUCUCUCUUGUCUUCUCUCUCUCUCUUUCAAAAUAAAUAAAUCAUUUUUAUAAAAAAAAAA